AUGUUGCCGACCCUGGACACGGUUCUGUACAAUGUUCAACGCCAAGGCAAAACUAGUUUCCAUAUGACAUCUCACGGGGAGGAAGCUACUAUAAUCGGAACCGCUGCUGCUCUGGAGAACGAUGACGAGGUGUUAGGUCAGUACAGAGAAAUGGGAAUUCUCUUGUGGAGAGGCUUUGGUAUCAACUCUGUGAUGGCCCAAUGCUUUGGGAAUCGCGAAGAUACCUCAGGGAAGGGGAGACAAAUGCCCGUGCACUUCGGGUCCCCAAAGCACCAUUUUCUCACGAUUUCCUCGACGCUUGCCACCCAGAUUCCCCAGGCAGCCGGGGUCGGCUACGCUCUGCGGCGAACACCAGAACGCUCCCAUUCGAUCGCAGCGUGUUUCUUCGGGGAAGGCGCCGCUUCAGAAGGAGAUUUCCACGCUGGAUUGCUGCUCGCCUCGACGAUUCCAUCGCCAACGUUAUUCAUAGCUAGAAACAACGGCUUCGCGAUCAGCACACCGAGUACCGAACAGUACUACGGCGAUGGCAUAGCUAGUCGUGGGCCUGGGUACGGAAUCGACACGCCGUUCGAGAAGCGCGGAGGAGGACGCUUGAGCAGGCCGGGCUGUUCUGGUCGAAGCUAUGACGUAUCGGUGUGUUGGUCGCUCUCACUUCGCCGGCCGCCACCUGAAACUCUGUGGAGUGUUGGGCAUCACAGUACUUCCGAUGACUCGUUCGCGUAUCGCCAGCGCUCUGAGGUGGAGGACCGCAAGCGGAUAGACAAUCCGAUCACAAGAUUUCGGCUGUGGAUGGAAUCGCAGGGCUGGUGGAGCUCUGCAGACGAGGAGGAGCUCAAGUCUCGCCAGAAGACCGAGGUGAUGCAGGCCUUGAAACGUGCCGAAUCCCUCGAGCGCUGUGAGCUCGGCGAACUGUUUACAGAUGUCUACGCAGGUCAAGAACCGUGGACCCUUACUGAACAGCGCAAGGAACUACAAGGAUUGCUGAAAAAGUAUGGUCAGAGCUGGGAACCGUGGCGUGCUGAGUUGGCCCGUUUCAAGAAUAAGGUCCGUUACUCAUUCCCAAAUGUUACGAAACUCAAGCCCAUUACAGAGCAGCAUAUUGCGCGCUUUUCGACCGUUGGCUCUGGAAUUCUGGUUGGAACUGCGCUCGGAGUUAUCAUCCCGGAAGGAAUCGAGGCGCUCAACGUGUCUGACAAACUUCCAACAUCUCAAAUUGCACUUUCUCUGAUUGCUGGCUUCACGCUUAUGAUGGUUAUCGAGCAACUGGUUGCUCCGCAUUCGCAGGGUGCAAGUCACUUCGCGGGAGCUGUGCCGUUGAAUCACGUUGGUCCGUCAAGCACGCUCGAAUUUGACGCGGAAAUGGGCGACCAUGAGGGCUCUAGCCGCGGGUCGACGCCAGGCCCAGGUUUUAUGCAAGCCGACUCUGCGGAAAAUCCGAAAGGUCGCGCGUAUCCGCUCACGUUUGGACUGGUCAUGCAUGGGCUUGCGGACGGGCUUGCGCUCGGAGUAUCUGCCCUUCCAGACCCCACCCAUCCGUCGCAUGGACACGAUCUGACUCUGGUUGUGUUCCUUGCGCUCAUCGUGCACAAAGCCCCGACCUCGCUUGCAUUUACUACGUCGCUUCUAAACACCUCCCUGUCUCGAGCGGACUGCCGAAAGCAUCUUGGGAUCUUUGCAGCAUCGACGCCCGUUGGCGCAAUUGCAUCCUAUCUGUUGCUGUCAUUUUUCUCGGCUGGCGCACCGAGUGAUUGGACUGGGCUAGCACUGCUUGUCUCGGGAGGGACGUUUCUGUACGUCGCGACUGUCAUGCUGAGUCCCGGUGGCCACAGUCCAGAUCAUGCUGGGAACGACAUGCUGCCCGCGCACAGGGUGCUUCUAAUCUCUGGGGGGAUGCUGCUUCCCUACGUUAUCAGCCACGUUAUUCUCCCCGAAGUCCACUGAGACGUCGGGCAUCCACCAAUCGAACAAUGCUAUUGUAUCCCUAGCUCGUUCAUGUACUUAUAUUACGGGAAAAGACUGUAGAUGUGUCCCUGAAACGAGUCUUUGGCUGGAAAGAAA